CUUGUCUAUAAAGUCAUUUUUUAUUUUAUUUUUUUGAAUUUCAUUUUUUUAUUCAUUCAAAAAUUUACUUGAAAAUUCAUAUAAUAAUAAAAUAGAAAGAAGGGGUGGAUUCUAAAAAAAGAAUAUAUUGUUUGCGUAUAAGUGUUUUGGCUGGCGGGUAUUGAAUGAUGACAUCAUGAUGACAUCCGACAAACAGCAGCAACAACAACAACAACAACAACAACAGGAAAAUAAUGAUGAACAAGAAGAAUUAUCAAAGAAACGAACAAGAUAUAUACGAACAACAGCUAAGAUAAAAAAAUUACAAGAAAAAAUUGCAACAACUUAUAUUCAAAAAACAUCAUCAUUAUCAACUUGUAGACGAACAUUAUCAAAUUUAAAUGAUCAACAAUCAAACGAAGCACCAAUCAUUACUGAAUGUAAUAGUGAUUCUGAAUCACCAACACGCCAUAAUAAUAAUAAUAAAGAAUCGAAUCCAAAAUCAUUAUUAACAAAUUCAAAAAUGAAAAAUUCGGAUAGAAUUUCCGAAAUCUAUUCACGACAGCUAUCUUCAUCCGCAAACAAAUCAAAUUUUAUGAAACAUUCAUCGAAUAGCCGUAAAUCUAGCCUAGAUCAAACAUUUGAUUUCAAUAAUAACAAUAAUAAUGAUAAUGCCGGUAGUACAGUAAUUAUACAACCAGUUGAUAGUGAUGGUGAAGAUUCUUCAUCACCAUCAACAUCACCAUCAUCAUCAUCAGCAUUAUCACCAGUAGAACGAUCAAGUGUUAUAUCGCCAAUAUCUAAAUCAAAACAUCGUAUAUUAUCAUCAUCGGAUGCAUUUAAAGCACAAAAAUCAACCACAUCUAAUCAAGAGAUGCGUAUGCUUAUGUCGAAUGAUUCAAAAAUUGCUGAAAAAAGUUCCAUUUCUGCAAUGAAGGCAAAAAUGGAAUCGAAUGGUUUUGCAGCGUCUAAAAUGAUUGCAGCAAAAGAAGAUCAUAAACAGAUACAGAUUGGUGAUACGGUUAUGAAAACACAAUCAUCAUCCAAAUCAAGUUCAGCAUCCAUGACAAUGUCAUCAUCGUCAACAACUACAGCAGAUAAUAUGCUUAGUUUCGGUGCGGAAAAAAGUUCACGAUCAGGAUUAUUAUCAGCUAGUAAUCGUAAUAAAUCCGGUGGUCAUCAUCAUUUUAAUUUAUCAUCGGCUAAUUCAAAAUUGAAUGAAUUAUUACAAUCAAUGUCACCGAAAAUGUUAACAUUUUCUAGCGAAGUCGAUAUGGAAUUUGAUGAAUUAAGUUCAAUUGCUAGUACGUUUAAAAGUCCAAUCAUAUCGAAAACAGAAUCGAUCAAUAUGAAAGGAUCGAUGAACAAAUUGGAAAACAAAAUGUUAAAUCUAUGCAAAGAAUUGGUUCAAAAUCGAAAUAAUGUAGACAUAAUGCUGGUGAUGACCGAUAUGAUUAAAAAAGCCUGGUCAGUACCACAAUGUGGUUAUGAUCUGGGAUUCAAUAUGUCCAAAACGAUUCGAGAAACAGGAGCAUUAGAAGCAUUACUUUGUAACAUUGAAUCUGAUGAUGAUUGGAAGGUACAAUUUUCUAGUAUACAAUUGUUGGAACAAUGUCUUGUUUCAGAAAAUCGAGAUUAUGUUGUUGAACAUGGUCUUGAAAAAGUAGUUUGUACGGCCAAAGAAUGUGUGAAUAAAAAACAAGUAGAUGAAGUGGUCGUCGGUGUUGGUAUUCUUGAACAUUUAUUCAAACAUUCAGAAAAUACAUGUAAAGAAGUGAUCAAAUUAAAUGGACUUGAAACAAUUCUUUUUGAAUGUCGAAGUACAAAUAUUGAAACAUUAAGACAUUGUGCAUCAGCAUUGGCUAAUCUUAGUCUUUAUGGUGGCCCAGAUAGCCAGGAAUCGAUGAUCAAAUUGAAAGCAGCCAUGUGGUUAUUUCCAUUGGCUUUCCAUAAUGAUGAUAAUAUCAAAUAUUAUGCCUGUUUAGCUAUUACGGUACUUGUUGCCAAUCAAGAACUUGAAGCCGAAGUUAUCAAAUCCGGUACUCUUGAUCUUUGUGAACCAUUUGUAAUGUCACAUAAUCCAGAAGAAUUUGCCAAAAGUUCAACAUCACACAUACAUGGUCAAUCAAAGAAUUGGUUAGCAAGAUUGGUGCCCAUAUUGAUGAGCAAACGAGAAGAAGCACGAAGUUUGGCCGCAUUCCAUUUUGCUAUGGAAGCCUGGAUUAAAAAAACUCAGGAACAAACCGAGAUAUUCAGGGAAAUAAAUGCAGUUGAUGCAUUGAAAAAAGUAGCCAGUUGUCCAAAUGCAAUUGCAUCGAAAUAUGCAGCACAAGCAUUACGUUUGAUUGGUGAAGAAGUUCCACAUAAAUUAUCACAACAGGUACCACUAUGGACAAUCGAAGAUGUUAAAGAAUGGGUCAAACAGAUUGGAUUCGGAUUAUAUUGUCAAGAAUUUGAAAAAAGCCGUGUCGAUGGUGACAUAUUAUUACAGCUCAAUGAACAUAUGUUACAUGAUGAUAUUGGUAUUAUAAAUGGUAUUCUACGAAAACGUUUUAUGCGUGAAUUGGCCAAUCUUAAACAGAUAACCGAUUAUUCAAGUUGUGAUCCAACAAAUUUAGCUUCGGUAUUGAAUAAUCUAGGUCCUGAAUAUACAAAAUAUACUUAUUCAUUAUUACAUGGUGGUAUUGAUAAAAAUACAUUGGCCGUAGCAACGGAUGAUAUGCUUAUUGCUGAAUGUAAUAUUGAUAAUACAAUUCAUCGAAUGAAAAUAUUGUCCGCAGCCGACGUCGAUUCGACCAAAGAUGAUAAUGAUCCAAAUAAAACGUUGGACGUGUUCAUUAGUUAUCGAAGAUCAAAUGGUUCACAACUGGCGAGCUUAUUAAAAGUCCAUUUACAAUUGCGUGGAUUUUCAGUUUUUCUUGAUGUUGAACGUUUAAAAGCUGGUAAAUUUGAUAAUAAUUUAUUGAAUAGUAUUCGACAAGCAAAACAUUUUCUAUUGGUUCUCACGCCAAAUGCUUUGGAUCGUUGUAUUAAUGAUGAUGAACAAAAGGACUGGGUUCAUCGGGAAAUUGCGCAAGCAUUAUUGACCAAAUGCAAUAUAAUACCAAUAAUGGAAUCAUUUCAAUGGCCAGAAGCGGAUCAAUUACCCGAUGAUAUUAAACCAAUUUGCCAUUUCAACGGCAUAAGAUGGAUACACGAUUAUCAAGAAGCUUGUGUAGAUAAACUUGAAAGGUUUAUGCGUGGUGAAUAUCAAAAUAGUAAACAAUCACAAGAUUGUUGUCCUGGAUCAACAACCGGUAGUAUUAGUAGUGGAUCAUAUCGUUAUGGUUUACCACAUGGACUACCACCUACACCAAAUACACCGGGUAUUCGAUCUCCAAGUCAACAGAGACGUAGCUGUUCUGUUGAAAAUGUUCGCCAUCAAUCAAAUGAAUAAU